AUGUUUCCAGAGUACCUGCCCAAAUUUGAGGAAAGCGACAUUGCGGCUGGUGGCAUCCAAGAGAACAGGCAUAGAGAUAAGGGCAGAAACAAUGUACACGUGAGAGCAAACGUCCUGGAGAUUGUGGAGCUCGACACAGUCAAGGAAAAGUUUCAGGCAAUCUUUGUGCUCGAGUUUACAUAUGUGGACCCGACACUUCACAACAAAUGGCUCACGCUCAAGUACCGAGAUAAUGAUGGGACAGUCAAGACGACAUACGCUCAAGUCCUUGGGGUGAUGAGAACCGAUUCUUCUCGGCUUGUCAUACGAACUGGAAGAAGGAAUCCGGCGUCUUUAGAGAUCAUACAAGUCGAGGCCGCAACACAGAUGAACAUUGCCGACGUGCUGGCCCUGUCCUUGCCGGCUGAAUUGAGGCAGGAUGAUGGCUGGUCAGAGCAUUUUGCCUUAGACUGGUCCUUCAUGAAUGCAGUGGAGGAGGCGAAGAUCAUGAUGCAGUCUCGGCACAUCGAGUAUUUCAGUGCGCGGGGAGCCCAUGUAAAAUACAAAGCCAAGUUCAAUGGACUUUUCAGCGAGCGCUUGGAGCUGAAUGCGAUGCCUUUUGACCGUCAGCUCUUGCGAAUCCAGGUGGUGGCAGAGGUGCCCAUCUACAGAUUGCGCUUCGUGCCCGUCUACUGGACCGCCGGGCUGUUGAAGACCGUUAAACAAAGGCAGUUCGAGCAGAUUCCCCGAGAAUGGAGGGUGGAUGGCGGCUGGCUGCCGAGAUUGGAAGUCCUUCGAGAGGAAGGGGCAAGUUCCAGGUCCAGGUUUGACAUUCACGUCUACCUGGAACGGAAUCCCACGUUCUACCUCUACAACCUUUGUCUGCUGCUUUCAUUGUUUACAUUGUUGACCGCGAUCGGCUUCUCCGUCGACGUUGGGUCAGUGUCCGACCGGUUGUCCGUGCACCUGACUCUGCUGCUCACGACCGUGGCCUACAAGUAUGUGGUGACUACUUGGCUCCCGGUGAAAUCAUACCUAACGAGGCUGGACAAAUUCACAUUGCGAUGCUUCUACUUCCAGAUUGCGGCCAUGGUGCUCUGCGCGCUUCAGCAGCCACUGCAAGACUGGGGGUGGGCUACAGAGGAAGGGAUCCUGAGCUUCGUGAUAUGUGUGUACACCUUGCUUCUCGCUUUCCUUCUCGCUCUUGGUCUUACCGUCUUUCUGGGUGAGGGCGGGUACUGCAAACGCUUUUACCACUGGUGCUUCUAUACAGACUGGCAUGGAGUGUACAUCAGCAAUGCCCCGUGGCCGCAGUGGACGGAGAUUUAUGUCGGCGCCGACUAUGGUGAGCCUGUAGACUUCUACGACCCAUCCGCGGAACAGCUAUCCAGGCCUGUGUGGGGAGAGGGAGCUGGUUUGUGUGGACAUCGCUCCUGGAACACAUCGCUGCCCUCGGACACGGAUUCUGACUGA